AUGGCCGGUUAUCUUGUCUUCCUAUGGCUCAACUAUCACUCAACCAUCAAUACCACUCCAUUUGAAUCUUUAUAUGGCAGACCUCCUAUUUUACAUCUUCCCUGCAUUUCUGGUGAAUCAGCUACUAGUAAGGUGGACAACAUCCUCACUAAUAGGGAACUCAAACUACAACAACUCAAACACCAUUUGUUAGGAGCCCAGCUUCGAAUGAAGAAUCAAGCUGACAAACAUGGGAGUGACAGAUCAUUUCAAGUUGAAGAUUGGGUCUACUUGAAGGUUCAACCCUAUAAGCAAACAACCAUCUAUCCCCAGCCAUAUCACAAGUUAGCUGAUAAGUUCUAUGGACCAUUUCAAGUGACCAAGAAGAUAGGCUCUGUAGCCUACACUCUUUUGCUUCCAGCAUCAGUCAAAAUUCGUCCAACUGUCCAUGUUUCCUUAUUGAAGAAGUGUCAUGUUGUUCCUGAACAUAUCUCUUACCCUCUAGUGGUGGACAUUGUUGAUCCUAACUGUCCUGAACCAGAGGUGGUUUUACAGAGAAGAAUGGUGAAAAGGGAAAACAAGGCUGUGGCAUAG